CACGUAGCGGCCUUGCCGCUGGGCUCGACUCAGCGCGGGCGCGAGGGCGGGGGAGCCGGGGACCACCGCUCCAGCCCGCUGGCCUUCGAAAGAUCCUCCUGGGCCAAUGGCAGGCGGGGCGACGCGCCCGGAUUGGUGCAGGCGCUCUGCUGAUCACUGUGGAAACCAGGGCGGCGGGGAACGCGGGAGGAUGCGGAGCCGCGGGCGGGGGGAGCCGGAGGGGCGGGCGGAAGAGGCGUCCAGGUCCUGAACGACCCCGGAGUUUUUCCUGGAGGCAAAAGUCCACUGCGGGCUGGCGGGCGGAGGGCGGGGCGGAGCACAGACACCAAUUGGGGGCCCUGGGUAGCCGGGGACAGUCAGAGGGAAGGCAGGGGUGACUCCCGAGCGCGGGCAAGAAGGCUGGGGGAAGGGCGCGGCGGGAGGAGGAGUAGGAGAAGACAAAAGCCGAAAGGGAGGAGGGCCCGGGCCGCACACUCGAGCUGCGGGCGUGGAGGCCACAGUGCACGGGGCAUCCCGGUCAGCAGGCAGCAUGGGGAAAGGGGGGAACCAGGGCGAGGGGGCCACCGAGCGCGAGGCGCCCAUGCCCACCUUCAGCUGGGAGGAGAUUCAGAAGCACAACCUGCGCACGGACAAGUGGCUCGUCAUCGACCGCAAGGUCUACAACAUCACCAAAUGGUCCAGCCGGCACCCAGGGGGCCAGCGGGUCAUCGGGCACUACGCGGGGGAGGACGCUACGGAUGCCUUCCUCGCCUUCCACCGUGACCUUGAUUUCGUGCGCAAGUUCAUGAAGCCUCUGCUGAUUGGAGAGCUGGCUCCGGAGGAGCCCAGCCAGGACCGGGGCAAGAACUCCCAGAUCACCGAGGACUUCCGGGCCCUGAGGAAGGCCGCUGAGGACAUGAACCUGUUCAAGAGUAACCACCUGUUCUUCCUCCUUCUCCUGGCCCACAUCAUCGUCUUGGAGAGCAUUGCCUGGUUCAUCAUCUUUUACUUUGGCAAUGGCUGGAUUCCAACCAUCAUCACAGCCUUUGUCCUUGCUACCUCUCAGGCCCAAGCUGGAUGGCUGCAACACGAUUAUGGCCACCUGUCUGUCUUCAAGAAGUCCGCAUGGAACCACGUUGUCCACAAGUUCAUCAUUGGCCACUUAAAGGGUGCCUCCGCCAACUGGUGGAACCAUCGCCACUUCCAGCAUCACGCCAAGCCCAACAUCUUCAACAAGGAUCCCGAUGUGAACAUGCUGCACGUGCUCGUCCUGGGCGAAUCGCAGCCCAUUGAGUACGGCAAGAAGAAGCUCAAAUACCUGCCUUACAACCACCAGCACGAGUACUUCCUCCUGAUCGGGCCGCCGAUGCUCAUCCCCAUGUACUUCCAGUACCAGAUCAUCACAACCAUGAUCACACGCCGAGACUGGGUGGACUUGGCCUGGGCUGUGAGCUACUAUGCCCGGUUCUUCAUCACCUACGUCCCUUUCUAUGGCAUCCUGGGGGCCGUCCUUUUCCUCAACUUCAUCAGGUUCCUGGAAAGCCACUGGUUUGUGUGGGUCACACAGAUGAACCACCUCGUCAUGGAGAUUGACCAUGAGCCCUACCGAGACUGGUUCAGCAGCCAGCUGGGAGCCACCUGCAACGUGGAGCAGUCCUUUUUCAAUGACUGGUUCAGCGGGCACCUCAACUUCCAGAUCGAGCACCACCUCUUCCCCACCAUGCCUCGGCACAACUUCCACAAAGUCGCACCGCUGGUGAAGUCUCUGUGCGCCAAGCACGGCAUCAAGUACCAGGAGAAGCCGCUGCUGAGGGCCAUGCUGGACAUCAUCAGGUGUCUGAAGAAGUCCGGGGAGCUGUGGCUGGACGCCUACCUCCACAAAUGAAGCAACAGCCCUGGGGGCACCCACGGGGAAGGGGGAGCAGGUGGGAGUGCUGGCCACAGGGAGGGGUGGGCUUUUGUUCUGAGGGGUGUCCACGAGGUUGGGGUACAUGCUGGCU